UCAGGCAACCGUUUUUUCGCCCUAUUUAGUCGUUUAAUCCUCCUCUUUAGAUCAGAAAAACGGUCAUUUCAUCAUGUAAUAUUCCUUUUAAUGUGCCUUACUAUAAAGAGGACGACUAUCCAUCUAUUGCGGAAGUCCUCUACCUCUAGAGGACAUAUAUCUAUUAAUAAGUAGUUCGACUCGUUCCAUUCCAUUAUUUUUCGUUUGCUUGCCACUUCUAAAAUUUUAAAAUAUGUAUUCCAUUUUUCUUUAUAAAUAGAUGGUAAUAAGAGUUGUGCAGGCAAGAAAAAAAAUGUGGUCAGCACAUAACCGACCGUAUUGUUUAUUGUCUAGUUAAAUGAAAGUGUUACAGAAUAUUAUAAAAAUGUCAGUUAAAUACUUCUUUCCAAUUUUUAUCUGAUCAUUGGUGCAGUGGUUAUGGCACCGGCCCUUUAACCGAAGGGUCUCGGGUUCAAACCCCGGUCAGGUCACUAUAAAAAAUUAUAUUCAAUAUUAUAUAACUUAAUAUGCAAUACUAAUAAAUAUUAAAAAACAAGUAAUUUUCAAAUAUUCAUAAUAUUCGAUACUAAAAACUAAGAAAAAUAAACAGUAAAUAUUAAUAACCUCAAAUAAUUAAUAUAAAUAAAACUACGGCAGGCUAGUCACCUACCUAGCUAACUCUCUAUGACUAUAAGAAACUAGGGCAUGAUAGAUAUCAUGCACUAGCCCUAUACUCCUCCUAGGAGUAAAGAAGGAAAAAAAAAAAUUUUUAGGACAUUAGUAAGCUUAUAGUUAACAUACUUAGAAAAAUGUAAAUUUGGUUCUUAGUAGAGUUUCGCUUUCCCUGAAAUGCUCGCCAGUUAGUUUCGGUAACAACCAGAACUCAAAUAUCAAAUUUCAAGAAAUUCCAUCAAUUUGUUCUGUGGAUAUGGUGAAAAAUGUAAAAUCGGCCCGCAAAUCAGUUCUCGAGCCCUGAUCUUUUCAAAAAAGUUAUAUGUUCAUUCCUUUAAUAUGAUUAAUUCAUAUAUUAAAUUUCAAUGAAAUCGGUUGAUUAUUUCUCUUUAUAUACACAAAAGUGUAUGUUUGGCCCGUAGUAAACGCCUAGUUGCCGAUGCCUGAUUUCUUCCAAAACAUAGCAAUUUUUGCGGACGGUCGAGCUGAGCUUAUAUAUAAAAUUUCAAGUAAAUCGGUUGAAUAUUUUCUUCAAAAUGUUCAAAAAUGUAAAACAGGCCCGCUAAAAAGUGCAGUUCCCGAGGCCUGAUUUAACCAAAAGUUGAUCGAUCCGUGCCAUGGUGAAAACAAACUUUCAUAUAAAAUUUCAUCAAAAUCGGUUUAGCCGAACUUGAGAUACACGCAUGCACACACAGACCGACAGACCGACAGACGGACAGACCGACAGGUUGCUAAAAAUAGUUUACUUACACUUCCCUACUGUGGAGAAGUGCAUUCCCACCGAAAACUCGAUAUGCAAAAUUUGUUGCCAUCACAUAACCUACCUAUUGUUUACACAAUACGGUCGGUAAAAAGAAAUAUUGUAAACAAAAGAGUGUAUCAAAAACAGUGAACUGAAAUAAAAUUAAAUAAAGUUAGGUAAACAUUCAAUCAAUAUAGAUGGAAAACUGUAAAACCCUUCAGAAGGCAAUGGAAAACCGCUGAAGUAUUGAGCCUUAUUCUAGUUGCCGAAGUAGAGCGACAAUUGUCGUCACGACUUGAAUUUGAUAUUCUAAAUGGCGAUUAAAGUGACACGUGUCGUGGAAUAGCGGGAAAAUGUGUUUCAGGUACACAUGUCGUAGUGAAACGACGUUUUUUGUCGAAAAGUAUUUAACAAGUGACAAGCGAGAUGGAUACACCAAAAAUUCACGUCACUCGACAACUAGAAUACCACAUUUCAAAUGAUGUGACAACGACAACGACAAAUGUCACGUAAGUGACGCGACAACUAGAAUAAGGCUCAUUAUUUCCUAGAAAAAAAUCACAUGCAAACACGAACAACACAGCCUCGGACACCCCAGUCUCCGGUAGGGGGGUGUUACAAAUACCCGGAGGAAAAACAAAAAAUAGAUUAAGAAUAGGUACCUGGAACGUUAAUAGUUUGUAUGAGCCAGGCAAAUUUGCGAACACAAUUCAGGAAAUGCAAAGAUUAAAAAUAGAUAUUAUGGGAAUUUGCGAAACAUGGUGGCCAAACGGUGGUGAAUGUUCGGCACAGGGCGUAAAAUUUCACUACUCUGGCAAUAAUUCUCCUAGUCAUCGGAAUGGUGUCGGUAUAAUAGUCACAGAACAUCUGGCCAAAUGUGUAACAAACUUUAUACCACUCUCAGACAGACCAAUGCUAUUAAAAAUUAACACCAAACCUGUAGAACUAAAUGUAAUUCAAAUAUACGAACCAACGGCAGAAAAAGAUGAUGACGAGAUUGAAGGGUUUUACUGUGAAAUAGAAAGUUUACUAAAAUUAACGAAACCACAUGAAAUGACUAUUAUAAUGGGGGACUUCAACGCAAAAAUUGGUACUGGAAGAGUCAAUGAUAUAGUAGGUCCAUUUGGCUUAGGAACAAGAAAUAACAGAGGUAACCGUCUAAUAGAGUUCUGUGAAGAAUUUAAAUUCAAAGUUACAAAUACGUGGUUUCGUUUACCACCUAGAGAAUUUUACACCUGGAAAUCGCCGUAAGAUAAUGCUGGAAAUAUCUUGCGAAAUCAAAUUGACUUUAUCUUAAUAAACAAAAGAUUUGCUACUUCUAUAAUGAAGGUUUCUACUUACCCGGGGGCUGACGUGCCAUCAGACCACAACUUAUUGCAGGCUAAUGUUAAAAUCAAAUUAGCAAGAAUAAAAAGAAAUCGGCAACAGUCAAAAUUAGAUGUAGGCAAAUUGAAAAAUGAUGAAAUCAAAUUUAACAUUUCUACAGAAGUUAACAACCGAUUAAAUACAAUUAUUAAUGAUAAUAUAGAAAACGUCAACAUAUAUUGGAAUAAA